CGGGAUGAACUCCAGGAAUAUUCUUACACAACAUUACAGUGUCACAACCAUAACCCCAGCCACCCGCGUCGUCAAACUCCGCCGACAGUCGAUUUCCGCUGUAGCGGCACCACCUCAGCCGCGUCCGGCAGUUCCAGGCCCGUCGAAGACACACUCGAUGCCACCUGAGAAGGUGGAUAUCUUCAAGUCUCUUAACGGGUGGGCUGAGGAAAAUAUACUCCCACUACUAAAACCAGUGGAGCAGUGCUGGCAGCCGCACGAUUUCUUACCUGACUCAUCCUUGCCGUUGGAUGUGUUCGAGGGGCAAGUUCGUGAGCUGCGUGAGAGAUCGUCGGAUUUGCCCGACGACUAUUUGGUAGUUUUGGUGGGUGACAUGAUCACCGAAGAGGCCCUGCCCACUUACCAGUCUUUCGUCAACCGCCUCGAUGGGGUUAAUGAUGAGACCGGAGCCAGCCCGGAUCCUUGGGCCACCUGGAACCGUGGUUGGACCGCCGAAGAGAACCGGCACGGGGAUCUCCUCAAGACCUACCUGUAUCUGUCCGGACGGGUCAAUAUGCCCAAGAUCGAGACCACCAUCCAGUACCUUAUCGGCGGUGGCAUGGACACUGGAACAGAGAACAACCCAUACUUGGGGUACGUGUACACGUCGUUUCAAGAGAGGGCCACAUUUGUAUCGCAUGGCAACACUGCCAGGCUGGCAAAGGAGCACGGUGACACAGUGUUGGCACGCAUCUGCGGUAGCAUUGCUGCAGACGAGAAGCGGCACGAGAAUGCAUACGUGAAGAUGGUGGAGAAGCUACUGGAGAUAGACCCCUCCGACGCCAUGUUAGGGAUCUCCGAUAUGAUGCGAAAGAAGAUCGCCAUGCCUGCUUACCUCAUGUACGACGGCCAAGAUCCCAAUCUCUUCGACCACUUCGCCGCCGUCGCACAGAGAACCGGCGUCUAUACUGCAGGAGAUUAUGCAGACAUAUUGGAUUUUCUGGUUGGUCGGUGGAAGUUGGAGAAGCUAGAGGGUCUCAACAGCGCUGCCAACGAAGCCCAGGAUUUCGUGUGUGGGUUGGCUCCCAGGUUCCGAAAGCUGCAUCAACGAUCGGAAGAGCGGGGACGUAAGUCGAAGCCACGCAGCGUACGGUUCAGUUGGAUAUUUGACAAGGAGGUUGCCUUCUAGUUUGUCUAAAAGAGAGAGAGAGA